AGCACUAGCAGUUAAUUUAACAGAGUUCCGAACAGUGCUUACGCGCACUGCCGCCCCCUUACGGGCAGGGCUGCCACCCUCCGCACGCAUCCAGAGCAACCCUCGGCCUCCGCACGCAUCCUGAUCACGGGAUAUGACCUGGAAAAGGAUCGUGGAGGAGAACCAUGAAUCAAGAAACUUGGCACUGGUCCAAGGUCAUCACUACUUUACUCAUCACGUUCCAGUUGUCCUCCAGCAUGGUCCCACUUGCGGGAUCGCAGCACUGACCGCCCUGACACUAGAAAGAGAAGCUGCUAACACAGACUUUGUUAACACUGCUAAUGAAUUGCUGUCUGUAGCAAUAUCAACGGGUAUCAGUAGUCAGGGAGAACUGAUGAGUGUCCACUACAUGAGUCAAAUGUGCGGAUAUGCGAGUUUACCGCACCAGAUUGUGCGUGUUUGUGCGGAUACAGAUCUCGGCGAGCUCCUUCAAGAUAGCGUGCUAUUGAUGAUCUACGAUAAAGAUAAGAACAACGAGCCUGCCACAAAAUACGGCGGAGAACGAGCGCACUGGUUGAUGAUAACGGGAUUUUGUAAUAAACCCAGCAGAAACAGCCGGUCUGGUGUUUUGGUGACGUCACAAAGGGUUAACAUCGCUCUACAGCCCUCUAAUUCUUAUUCUAAAACAAGAGGCUCCUCUACCGAUAAGGCUGCUGAGCUGCACGUGUUCGUACAGCACGGCAAGAGCCGACUACGACAACUCUGGAGAUGGUCCGACAUUCUGGCGAGUAACGAGACGGUGCGCCGCGCGAAACCCGGCACGUGGGUAUUACCGGACAAUUUACAUCAGCACGUGGCUGGACUCGCAGUUAGAGUCAUGUUGAAGCACUUUCAGUGAUACUUGGCUCACUGUUUGAUAGCUCCGAUGUGAUUUUACUUUUUAGUAACCUUUCCGAUUUGGUAACCUUUCUGAUUUCUACUAUUUUCCCUGCUGAUUCGAUCAGUUUGUUAAUAAUAUGUAAUUGCUGUACAACUUGAGAGCCACUAUGACUAGGAUUAUAUAUUAUUAUUAUGGAAUGGGUUUAUUUUGGCCUUUUUACGACAUUUAUUUACUAAUCUUGCUGCCACAUCAGGCCAGUUUCUGCUUGUUUAAUUUUCCAAGAUCAGCUGAUAUUCAAAUCCAACAGAGACUUGGUUAAACUAUUUUUUCCCCUUCAUUAUGAUUAUAUCCACUGCCAUUGAUACAGACCAAAUAGUUUUGUAUAGCAACGUUCGUCGUUCAUAAAAAACAAUGUUGAAUCCUCCCCGCCUCCCUAUAGCUACAGUGAGACUGCUUUUGACGUCCCAACCCCGCCCGCUCCUUCCCCUCCUCCUACCCUCAAUUCGGAGUCAUGUAAAUUUGAUACAUGUUUUUGGUUCAAAUUAUCUUUGCUGAUUUUAAUUAAUUUAAGAUCAGCAUGAUUUGAAAAAUUUCUGAAUAUCAUUUUACUUGACAGCAUCAACAUGAACAUAACGUCAAAUAAAAACAUUAGCGGUUUGUAAUUUCUAUAGCUGAAUGAAUUGAAUUGGAUAAUUAUCAAUAAUAGCGAUUCUAGAAUGUGCCUGACCAAUGUUAAUCUCUAUUACGGGACAAAGACUAAAUUUCUGAACUGAUGACUCAAGUAUUUAGUAUUGAAAACAUUUAAAAUAUUUAUACUCACCGGCCGCGUCUCAGGGGGCAUCUUCAUGCAUCUUUAACGUAUGAAUUGACUAUACAUUGUGCCAGAUCCUCUCCACAGACCCAGAUGUCUGCACGUGUCUGCUUUCUACGAACUCCCCUCCCUGAAUCAAUAAUCAAAACCCCCAUUAUAACCCCUCCCCCACUGAAUCAAUAUCCCCCACCGAAUCUUGCACAAUGCACGGGUGUAUUCUAUGAACGACUACUUAGACUUAACUGUCUAUGAUAUAUUAAUCCGAAUGUUAUUGUAAAGGUUUGAUUUUUAGGGAAGUUUGUAUUCGAUAUAUCUUGAAGGGCUGCAAUUUUGUCUUUUUGGGAGAAGGUUUUGGGUUGUUUUGUUACGUAUUUUUAUUCUGUAAUUUACACACUGACUCUUUGCUACUCUUUUAAA